CAAUUUCAGCAGUAUCUUAUCAUAUAAAGGAAUAAAUGAAUAAUCAGACACUGAUUCCGAGAAUGAAAUUGGAGGGCUCUCUCUCUCCUUUCGUCUCUUGUCCACCGAUUGCCGUAUCACAUCCUCGAAACUCAUUGUUAUAGGAAAUUCGAUCGAACAUCGGGCGGAGAACGAUAGCGAUGAUAACGUGCGCUGUCCCGCGCGAUCGCCACGCUGCACAGUCGCGGUCGCCGUCUCGAUGGAUUAUCACGUUCCGAGUCGCCGAGCGCCCCGCCGCUACAGUAGAACCUAGAACUGUUCGCCGCUCGUGUCCUCGUAGGGUAAAGAUUCUCGUGACGUAGCUGACAGCUGUCCCAGACUCCAGGCCGUCAACGUGAGCCGAGAGCAUCGCCGCUGUCAGGAUCUUCCUCAGGUUUCCUUCUUCCGCGACUCGCCUCCUAGACGAGAGAUGAGUCUCGCCGAUCUGAGGCUCGAUUUAUCUUAAUAACGGCGAAUCUUGAGCUCGUCCACGAAAGGAACAUCGUCGCUCGCUGUCUCAUAAUGCGCGGUUCGCGCGCCGCCAACGUCGUCGUUGACCAUCGUUGAGUUCGUUCUCCCUUCCGCCCGCAACACUUGGCCCUACCACGCAUCCACGUGUGACGUGAAUAAUGUGCCCCACAGAAGUGCCGCCUGCCACGACUGCGUCUCGUACCAGCGGCACGGAGCGCGACGCUUCCAUAUGAUUUGCGACUACGUGGAUUCCCAAUUUGCGGAUAUGAUUGCAGUACCCAAGGAACGAUACUCGGAGGACACAUUUAGAGAUCCAUGCGUAAUAAAUAUGUACUGACGUGUGCUGUGACGUAUGGAACCCUUUUACGGUGACACUUGGUUUUGUCAUGCGGAAUAGAUCAGUCAGUAUUAUCUUUGGGUCCCUCAUCUUAUGGGCUGUGGCUACAUAUUUUUUAUUUCUGGAUCAACAGUCGGUCGGCAAAGAUCAGGACAAGGAUAAACUAGCAAAUCAAAUCAGUAGAUUGGAAAAACAAGUAAAACAACAGAUAAUUAUAAAUCAAGAACUUCUUGAAGGAAUCAAUGAGAACAAACGUCUUAAGAAAUAUGAAAGAAUAAAUGCUGCUCUCCAGCUGAAAGAUGAUACAGAGAAAAAUAAAGACAAAAAACAUGAAGUUAAUAAGAAUAAGAGUAUCUUAUUACAAAAAAUCGAGAGUAAAAAUAAAAAAAUACUUGAAAAUGAACAGGAGCCGACGCAAGAUACUAUCUUAUCUACCGAGGGAACACACAAUACACCCUUGAGACAAAAACUUCCCGAUGGAUCUCCAAUAAUUGCUAUUUUGGUCGUUUCUUGUAAUCGUAUUACAGUAGAGCGGUGUUUAAAUCAAUUAAUUAAGUUAAGACCUAGCAAAGAACAGUUCCCAAUAGUUGUAUCGCAAGACUGUGAUCAUCGACAAACCGCUGAUGUCAUAGCCAGAUAUGGAAAUCAGCUAUUACAUAUAAAGCAACCUGAUCAAUCUGAUAUUGAAAUACCACCUAAAGAAAAGAAAUUCAGAGGAUACUUCAAAAUCGCACGUCACUAUAAAUGGGCGUUAAAUCAAGUAUUUCUAAAGUUAGGAUACAGCACUGCAAUUAUUGUUGAAGAUGAUUUGGACGUUGCUCCAGACUUCUAUGAGUACUUCCUGGGGACUUAUCCCUUAUUAGUGAACGAUAGCUCUCUAUGGUGCGUGUCAGCGUGGAAUGAUAAUGGUAAAGCCGGUUUAGUGGAUGAACAUGCGCCACAUUUACUUUAUAGGACAGAUUUCUUUCCUGGUUUAGGUUGGAUGCUCACACGUGAUUUAUGGUUGGAGCUCGCGCCGAAAUGGCCCAAGUCAUAUUGGGAUGAUUGGAUAAGGCAGCCGGAACAACGUAAGAAUAGAGCUUGCAUCCGCCCGGAAAUUUCACGAACCAGAACAUUCGGCAAACUUGGAGUCAGCAACGGCUUAUUCUUUGAAAAACACUUGAAGUACAUCAAGUUGAAUGAACAAUUUGUGCCUUUUACCAAGAUGAAUCUAUCCUAUUUACUAAAAGAUAAUUACGAUAUAGCUUUCGUUAACCAAGUGUACCAGUCAACAGUGGUUAGCUAUUCAGAAUUGAAAAGUGGUAAUAUAGUUGCCCCUGGUCCAGUACGGAUACCAUACUACACUCGUCAAUCAUUUAAAAAUACUACCAAAUUGCUUGGUUUAAUGGACGAUUUCAGGAGCGGUGUACCGAGAUCUGGAUAUCGUGGCGUGGUAACAUUCUUCUACAACGGUAGACGCGUGCAUUUAGCACCGAGUGCAAAUUGGAGUGGUUACGAUAUAACAUGGAGCUAACACAUAAUUAUGCUCUACAAAGACUUGUAGAUGACAACACAGAAAUAUUGUGUGCAUUUCUUUGAUAUUCAACAAACUAGGUGAAUAUAUCGAUUGCGAUGAGCUGACAAUGAAAUCUGUAUUUAUGUCUGCAGUGUAUGAAUAUACUCUGUAGAAUUAGAUGAAAGCCGGCAUUCUUCAUAAACGGUUUUGAACGUGAUCUUUCUUGCUUGAAAGAUAUUUCGAUAGAUUUAUACAUCUGUGUUUCUAAAAAUUAUACUUGUCGCUUUUUUCGCAUAUAUUUAUAAUUGACUGUUGAAGUUGAUCGUGUCUCGUGUACAUAAAAUGUAAUAAUACCGAUGAAGCAAUACUUUCAAUUAAUUAUCCAUGUAUCUUCCAAAAUAAGAAUGUGUUGAUAUAUUUUUGCUCAUGCUGCUUUUGGAAAUUAAUUUUGUUAUGAGAUCAUGUGAAAACAAAUGAAGUAUAUAAUUUUAUCGAAAAACCCAAUUAA